AGAUGCUGAGCCGCUUGUCCGGAUUAGCAAAUGUAGUUUUGCACGAACUGUCAGGAGAUGACACUGACGGGAACUUGUCUGCUCCCUUAGAAGCUGAAUUACCCCAGGCAUCUGACAUGGAAUUGAAUAAUAGCACACAAGAGGAUGUUUUGGAACGCCUGGCUCAUGCAGAGAAGUUAGUAGUGGAGCUAAAGGAUAUUAUUAGACAGAAGGAUGCUGAACUCCAGCAGAAGGAUGAAGAUCUGCAGGAGGAAAGAAAAGCUGCUGAAAACAAAGUUAAGAAAAUAAAACUUCACGCAAAGGCCAAGCUCACAUCUUUGAACAAACAAAUAGAAGAAAUGAAGGCUCAAGGAGGGACCGCCUUGCCUACAGAGCCCCAGGCAGAGGAGCCGCUCUCCAAGCAUGAUAAGAGUUAUACGGAAGAAGAGAUGGAAGUAGAAAAAAUAAAGCAUGAACUCCAGGAGAAGGAGAAAUUAAUUAGCAAUUUGCAAGCCCAGCUGGACCAGGCACAGUCAGAACAAGCCUUGCAGUUGGAUAAGAGUUCUGCAGAGAUGGAAGACCUCAUGUUGAUGAAGCAGCAGCUCCAAGAAAAGGAAGAACUCAUUAGCACUUUGCAAACUCAGCUCAGCCAAACACAGGCAGAGCAAGCUGCACAGUUGAGUUCCAUGCAGCAGGUGGUCCGAGAGAAAGACGCCCGCUUUGAAACACAGGUUCGUCUGCAUGAAGAUGAGCUGCUUCAGUUAGUGGCCCAGUCAGAUGUGGAGACAGAGUUGCAACAGAAAUUGAGGGUGAUGCAGAGGAAGCUCGAGGAACAUGAAGAAGCCUUGCUGGGCCGUGCUCAGGUUGUAGACCUGCUGCAGCAGGAGCUGACUUCGGCUGAGCAGAGAAACCAGGCUCUUUCACAGCAGUUACAGCAGUUGGAAGCUGAAUAUAGUACUUUAAAGAACACCAUGGAAACAGAAAGACAGGAGUCCAAGGUCCUGAUGGAAAAGGUAGAACUUGAAGUGGCAGAGAGAAAGUUAUCCUUCCAUAACCUACAGGAAGAAAUGCAGCAGCUUCAGGGACAGUUGGUGCGAGCCGGCCAAGCCCAGGCUGACCUGGAGACCCAGUACAGUGCUCUCGAGCAAAGGCAUAAAGCAGAAAUGGAAGAGAAGGCAGCUUACAUUUUGACUCUUCAGAAGACAGAGCAAGAGCUGCAGUCUGCCUGUGAUGUUCUGAAGGAGGAAAACGCGAAGCUGCUCCAGGAGAAGAGGGAACAGGCUGCCGAGUCAGCCCAGGCCAUGCAGCAGCUGGAAGAUCAACUCCAGCAAAAAUCUGAAGAACUUAGCCAAUUUGUAAAUAAACCAGACUUGCAAAAACAAGAAACAGCAUCUCAGACUUCACCAGAUGUUUAUAAUGAGGGCAUACAGGUAGUCAUGGAAGAGGAUAACGCCUGUUUGCAGAAGAGAGUGGUAGAGCUAGAGAAUGAAAAGGAAGCCUUGCUCCAAAGUUCUGUAGAGCUGGAGGAGCUGAAAGCUGAGAAUGAAAAACUCUCUUCUCGGAUUACUCUUCUGGAGGCUCAGACUAGAACAGGGGAGGCUGAUGGCACAGUCUGUGAGGUCGGCACAGCUGGUUAUACUUCACUCAACAAGAGCAGUUUUAAUAAUGAAGAAAGUGGCCGAGAUGUCCUAGAGAACACAUUUUCUCAGAAACAUAAAGAACUAUCUGUUUUAUUAGCAGAAAUGAAAGAAGCCCAAGAGGAAAUCGCAUUUCUUAAGUCCCAGCUGCAGGGCAAGAAGCCUGAGGGGGACUAUGAGCUCCUUGACCAGAAAGAAGUGAAGCUGAUGGAGAGUGAAGGUCUGCCCUCAGUUAUAGCGGGAGAUAGCCUCUGUAAGGAGAGCAGCAUCCCAGCAGCUGAAAAAGAGGAACAGGCAAGUGCUGAAGAUCAGCAGCAAACAUCUGAGGCAGGGCCUCUAAAUGAUGCUGGAAUGGACCUGAAAUCCCCAAAGCUGGAUAGUACAGACAAAUCUUCCCCUGUAGAUAUUUGCCAGUGUCACCAGGGAGAAUUAGAAAGGCUGAAGACUCAAGUAUUGGAGCUUGAGACAGGCCUUCAUAAAGCAGAAGACAUUUAUGAGAAAAAUUUAGAAGAGAAAGCUAAGGAAAUUAGCAACCUAACCCAGCUCAUGGAAGAACUGAAGGAGAGUGCUGAGGGUGCCCGCAGCAAGCUCACUGCUGUGUCUGAAGAAAGAGACCAGCUGCUUUCCCAGGUGGAGGAGCUCCAUGUCUUAGCAGAGCUUCGGGCUCAGGUCCAGGAACUGGAAACCAGCCUUGCAGAAGCAGAGAAGCAAAGAGGUCUGGAUUAUGAAAGCCAGAGGACUCAGCACAGCGUGCUCACAGAGCAGAUCCACAGCCUAAGCGUAGAGGCCAGGUCUAAAGAUGUGAAGAUCGAAGCUCUCCAGAGAGAGCUGGAUGAUCUGCAGCUACAGUUUUCUGAGCAGGGCACCCAGAUAAAAAGCCUGCAGAGCCAGCUGCAGAAGAAGGAAAGGGAAGUGCUCGAGGGGGCAGAACGGGUGAAGGACAUGUCAAAUGAGAUGGAAGGACUAUCCCAAGCUCUUUCGCAGAAGGAACUGGAAAUAGCCAAAAUGAACCAGCUCUUACUAGAGAAAAAGAAAGAUGUGGAGACACUCCAGCAAACCAUCCAGGAGAAGGAUCAGCAAGUGACGGAACUCAGCUUCAGUAUGACAGAGAAAAUGGUGCAGCUUAACGAAGAAAAGUUUUCUCUCGGGGUUGAAAUUAAGACUCUGAAGGAGCAGCUCAAUUUAUUGUCCAGAGCUGAAGAAGCAAAAAAAGAGCAGGUAGAGGAUCAUGGAGGUGAUUCCAACCUUAACCAUAGUCACGAUGAGUCACCAGUGGGGCUGGUGAGUAAAGAGGGGCUUCAGCAGGAACUGGAGUGCCUGAAGAAAGAGAGCGAGCAGAGAAAGCGGAAGCUCCAGGCAGCGCUUAUUAACAGAAAGGAGCUACUCCAGAGAGUCAGCGCUCUGGAGGAAGAGUUAGCCAAGGUGAAAGAGGAGUCUAGGAAAGAGACUCCACUCAGAGAGAGUGAGAGGAGAAAGCUGGAGGAAGAUGGAGAGAACAAAGAUGACCGAGAAAAAUGUGAGACCUCUAAGUGGCAAGAAAUACAAGUUUCUUUAAAACAGACAAUAUCCAAAAAAGAAGUGGAACUAGAGCACGUAAGGAGAGAUUUGAAAGAAAAGAUAGCAGCGGAAGAAGAAUUACAGGCUGUGGUUCAACAGAUGAAUCAGAGCUUGCAGGAGAAGACCAAGCAAAUAGAUUUGCUUCGAGCUGAGAUCACUGAAAACCAAGCAACUAUUGAGAAAUUAGCCACAGGCAAUAAGGAUGCUGGGCAUGGAGACGCUGCAGCGCCUGCAAAAGAAAUGGUGGUGAGCAGCCCACCCAGUGCAGGUGGUGGGGAACACGGUAAGCCAGAGUUGGAGGGAAAGAUACUAGACCUUGAAAAGGAAAAGGAACAACUCAAAAAGAAGCUCCAAGAAGCCUUAACUUCCCGCAAGGCAAUUCUAAAAAAGGCACAAGAGAAAGAGAAACAUCUGAAGGAAGAGCUCAAAGAGCAGCAGGAUGCUUACUGUCGCCUCCAGGAACACUUUGAUGAGCAGAGGAAGGAAAAUGAGCACAUCGGGGACCAGCUAAGGCAGCUGCAGUUGCAAGUGCAGGAGUCUGUGGACACACAGCUCCCGGGCACUGACCAGCAGGAGCCUGGUCUGCUGGCACAAGGGUUAGAAGGAAUUUCGCUCGAAGAUAAAGAACAGCAGCCCACCCAGCCUGCCUUCGAGUCUGAUUUAGGCACAACUCGGCCUUCUCACCCCGGAGAGACAGCAGCUCUCCAGGUUACUGUUUCUAUUGCCCAGAUUAAGGCCCAGUUGAAAGAAAUGGAGGUUGAGAAAGAAGAGCUGGAAUUGAAAGUUAGUUCUGCAGCAAGUGAGCUGAUUAAAAAGUCAGAAGAAGUGCUUCUAUUACAAGAGCAGAUAAGCAAACAGGGUAUAGAAAUCCAGAAUUUGAAGGCAGCAUCCCAUGAGGCAGAGGCCCACAUGGAAAGGCUGAAGCAGGAACUGGAAAGCAGUCAACUAAAACUUGCUAGCCUGGAACAUCUGAAAACUCUUCAGCCUGAGCUAGACGAACUGCAGAAGCACCUCCGCCAGAAGGAAGACGAGGUCAGCUGUCUUUCUGGACAGCUUAGUGAGAAAGAGCAGACCCUCAGCACAGUACACACAGAGAUGAUGGAGCAGGAGAAUUUAAUCAAGGCCCUGCACACACAGCUGGAAAUGCAAGCCAAAGAGCACGAGGAGAGGCUAAAGCAGGUCCAGGUGGAACUUUGUGAACUGAAGCAGAAGCCAAACGAAGCUGAGGAAGAAACUAAAGCAAAGCAACAAAUUCAGAGGAAACUGCAGGCUGCCCUCAUCUCCCGAAAGGAGGCACUCAGAGAAAACAAGAAUCUGCAAGAGGAGUUGUCUUUAGCCAGAGAUGCCAUUGAACGCCUGACCAAGUCUCUGGCAGAUGUAGAAAGCCAGGUUUCUGUUCAGAAUAAAGAGAAAGAUGCACUCCUAGGGAAGUUAGCCAUUCUUCAGGAAGAAAGAGACAAACUCAUUGUAGAAAUGGACAGGUCUUUACUGGAAAAUCAGAGCCUUGGUGGCUCUUGUGAAAGCCUAAAACUAGCUCUGGAGGGUCUUACUGAAGACAAGGAAAAGCUGUUGAAGGAGCUUGAAUCUUUAAGAUGUUCUAAGAUUGCAGAGAGCAACGAAUGGCAAGAGAAACACAAGGAACUGCAGAAGGAGUAUGAAGUUCUUCUGCAGUCCUACGAGAAUGUGAGCAAUGAAGCAGAAAGGAUCCAGCACGUGGUGGAAAGCGUGAGGCAAGAGAAGCAAGAGCUUUAUGGGAAAUUACGAAGCACAGAGACAGACAAGAGAGAGACAGAAAAGCAGCUGCAGGAUGCAGAACAGGAAAUGGAAGAGAUGAGAGAAAAGAUGAGAAAGUUUGCUAAAUCUAAACAACAGAAGAUCCUUGAGCUGGAGGAAGAAAAUGACCGGCUUAGAGCAGAGGCCCAGCCUGUAGGAGGAGCCAAAGAAAGCAUGGAAGCUCUUCUCUCUUCCAAUUCUAGCUUGAAGGAGGAACUAGAAAGGGUCAAAUUGGAGUAUAAAACCCUGUCUAAGCAGUUUGAGGCUUUAAUGGCAGAGAAAGACAUUCUGAGUGAAGAGAUUCAAGAGCUAAAGCAUCAGGUAGAAGAUCAUGUACUGAAACAAGCUAGCCUAGAGGCAACUGAGAAAUCCGAUGAACAGAAGGAUAUCAUUGAAGAUGUAACACAAGCUGUGGUGGGCAAGUCUCAAGAGCAAGACUCACAGAGAUUCAGUGCUAAGCUUGAAGAUCCGGAAGCUGUUCCAUCAGCUCACAGUGCCAAGUCUGGCAUUGGUGAGACUUUCGGCUCCCACGAUGACAUCAAUAACUACCUACAGCAGCUUGAUCAGCUUAGGAGAAGAAUUGGUGAAUUAGAGGUGGAGCAACAGAAGGAAAAGGAACUUAGCCAGACUUUAGAAAAUGAGAAAAAUGCCCUAUUGAGUCAACUCUCUGCAAAAGAUGGUGACCUAAAGCUACUUGAGGAAGAAGUCGCCAAAAUAAGCAUGCAAAAUCAGCAAAUCCAAGAAGAACUCUCCAGAGUUACCAAGCUGAAAGAGACGGCAGAAGAGGAGAAAGAUGACUUAGAAGAGAGGCUGAUGAAUCAACUGGCAGAACUUAAUGGCAGCAUUGGGAAUUAUUACCAGGAUGUUACAGAUGCCCAGAUAAAAAACGAGCAACUGGAAUCCGAAAUGCAGAACCUUAAAAAGUGUGUGAGUGAUUUAGAAGAAGAAAAGCAGCAGCUGGUCAAGGAAAAAAGCAUGGUGGAGUCAGAAAUACGAAAGGAGUUUAUGGAGAAGAUACAGGGUGCCGAGAAAGGGCCUGGCAAUAAAAGCCAUGCCAAGGAGCUCCAGGAGCUGUUGAAAGAAAAACAGCAAGAGGUAAAGCAACUGCAGAAGGACUGCAUUAGGUACCAAGAGAAGAUCAGUGCUCUGGAGAAGACGGUCAAGGCUUUAGAGUUUGUUCAGGCUGAAUCCCAAAAGGAUUUGGACGUAACAAAAGGGAAUCUGGCGCAAGCUGUUGAACAGCGCAAAAAGGCACAAGCAGAAUUAUCUAGCUUCAAAGUGCUGCUGGAUGACACCCAAAGUGAAGCCGCGAGAGUGCUGGCAGACAACCUCAAACUGAAGAAGGAACUUCAGGCAAACAGAGAGUUCGUCAAGAGCCAGAUGAAACAAAAAGAUGAAGCCCUCCUGCGCCAACUCGAGCAGGCAGAAGAGAAACACCUGAAAGAGAAGACAAGCACCCAAGAGGAGCUGCAUGCUCUGCAUAAGGAGAAGGCCCACGUGGAAGACACACUUCUGGAAGUCCAGGCCACACUGACCAGGAAAGACAAGGAAAUGAAGCAGCUGCAGGAGAGCCUGCACAGCACUGUAGCCCAGCUCGCAGCCUUCACUAAGAGCAUGUCAUCCCUCCAGGAUGACCGUGACAGGGUGAUCGAUGAAGCUAAGAAAUGGGAGCAGAAAUUUGAUGAUGCCAUUCAAACCAAAGAGGAAGAGAUCAGACUCAAAGAGGAGAAUUGCAGCGUUCUAAAGGAUCAGCUUCGACAAAUGACCAUCCAUGUGGAGGAAUUGAAGAUCAACAUCUCCAGGCUUGAACAUGACAAGGAAACUUGGGAGUCCAAGGCCCAUUCAGAGCUCCAGCAUCAACAGAAGGUUUGUGAUAACCUUCAAGGGGAAAAUAAAGAACUUAUGGCCCAGCUGGAAGAAACUCAACAACUAUACCACAAUUCUAUGAAUGAACUAACUAGGUUGGAAUCAGAACUCAAGAAUCUCAAAGACCAGUCAACUGAUUUAAAUAACUCUUUAGAAAAAUGUAAAGAACAGAAAGAAAGCUUGGAGGGGAUCAUAAAGCAGCAAGAUGCUCAUAUCCAAAAUCGCAAGUUCAGCCAUGAGCAACUCGAGACUGAUCUGAAGACCUCCAGAGAGCUAACCGCUAGGCUGCAUGAUGAAAUCAACGAGAAGGAGCAGAAGAUUAUAAGCCUGCUUUCUGGCAAGGAGGAGGCAAUCCAAGGAGCUGUGGCGGAACUGCGCCAACAACACAGUAAAGAAGUCAAGGAGCUAGAAAACCUCCUGUCCCAGGAGGAACAGAAGAAUGCGGCCCUAGAAGAGGAAAACAGAAAGGCUGUUGAGAAAACCAGUCAGGUCAUGGAAACUCUAGAAACCAUCAAGAAGGAGAAUUCUGAGCAGAAGGCACAGCUGGAUUCCUUCGUUAAGUCUAUCUCCUCUCUCCAGGACGACCGAGACCGCAUAGUGAGUGACUAUCAGCAGCUGGAAGAGCGACAUCUCACUGUCAUCUUGGAAAAAGACCAGCUCAUCCAAGACGCUGCUGCUGAGAACAAUAAACUGAGGGAGGAGAUCCGAGGGCUGAGAGGUCACAUGGAUGAUCUCAACUCCGAGAAUGCCAAGCUGGAUGCUGAGCUGGUCCAGUACCGGCAGGACCUGAAGGAGAUGAUAGCCAUCAAGGACUGUCAGCAAAAGCAACUCCUUGAGGCUCAACUACAGCAGAACAAGGAGUUGAAAAGUGAAUGUGCAAAAUUAGAAGAAAAGCUGAAGGGGUCAGAAGACGCAAAGCAAAGCCUACAAAGGUUUUCUGAUGCCCUCCAAGAGGAGAAACAAGGUUUGUCUAAAGAGAUCGAGAACUUGACGAGACAGGUGACAGCCUUGCAGGAAGAGGGUACUGUAGGAAUCUAUCUUGCCCAACUGAAAGUAAAAGAAGAGGAGGUUCAGCAGUUAAAUGUGGCACUCUCCUCUUCCCAGAAGAGAACUGCGGAUCUGGAAGAGGAGUUAGUUUGUGUUCAGAAGGAAGCUACCAGGAAGGUAAGUGAAAUCGAGGAGAAGCUGAAGAAGGAGCUGAAGCACCUCCAUCAUGACGCAGGGAUAAUGAGGAAUGAAACUGAAACAGCAGAAGAGAGGGUGGCAGAACUGGCGAGAGAUCUGGUCGAGAUGGAGCAGAAGUUACUUAUGGUAACUAAAGAGAAUAAAGAUCUUACAGCACAGAUUCAGUCCUUUGGAAGGUCAAUGAGUUCCUUGCAGGACAGCAGAGAUCAUGCCACUGAGGAGCUUAGUGACCUGAAGAAGAAGUAUGAUGCCAGUCUCAAGGAGCUGGCCCAGCUGAAAGAGCAGAAGGAUUUAGGCAGAGAGAGUGACAUCCUUUCCCAGGCUGCCUUUCCUCUGACCACCGCUGAGAACGGCUUGUCCCACAUUGAGAAACUGAACCAGCAGCUCAUGUCCAAAGACGAGCAAUUGCUUCACCUAUCUUCACAACUAGAAGAUUCUUACAACCAAGUGCAGUCCUUUUCCAAGGCCAUGGCCAGUCUGCAGAAUGAGAGAGAUCACCUGUGGAGUGAGCUGGAGAAAUUCCGGAAGUUGGAGGAAGGGAAGCAGAGGGCUGCAGCUCCUUCAUCUGCCUCCAGCUCAGCUGAAGUACAGAGCUUGAAAAAGGCCAUGUCUUCACUCCAGAACGACAGGGAUCGAUUACUGAAGGAGCUGAAGAAUCUGCAGCAGCAGUACCUACAGAUGAACCAAGAGCUCACGGAGGUACGGCCCCUGAAAGCGCAGCUGCAGGACCAUCAGGAUCAGGCAAAGGCCCUGCAGGUGAUGAAGGAGGAACUGAGGCAGGAAAGCCUCUCCUGGCAGCAUGAGCUGCAUCAGCUCAGAAUGGAGAAGAAUUCCUGGGAACUGCAUGAGAGAAGGAUGAAGGAGCAGUACCUCAUGGCCAUCUCAGAGAAAGAUCAGCAGCUCAGUCAUCUGCAGAGUCUCCUGAGGGAGCUGAGGUCUUCCCCCAAGCCUCAGCUUCUCCCAGCACAGUACCAACGACAGGCAUCCCCAGAGGCAUCAGCUUCCCUCGACGGGUCUCAAAACCUAGUUUAUGAAACAGAACUUCUCAGGACUCAGCUCAAUGACAGCUUAAAGGAAAUUCACCAGAAGGAACUAAGAAUUCAACAGCUGAACAGCAAGUUUUCUCAGCUGCUCGAGGAGAAGAACACCCUCUCCAUCCAGCUCAGCGAUGCCAGCCAGAGUCUCCGUGAGAACCAGCACCACUACAGUAACCUCUUCAACCACUGUGCUGACCUGGAGAAGCAGGUGCAGGAGCUGCAGGCGGGGCCCCUAAAUGCCGAUGUUGCUCCAGGAGCGCCCCAGGAAAAGAAUGGAAUUCACAGAAAGAGUGAUCCUGAGGCCACAAGGGAGCAGCAGCCAAGCUUUUCUGAAGCCCAGCAGCAGCUGUGCAGCACUAAACAAGAAGUAAGUGAGCUGAAGAAGCUGCUGGAUGAAGAGCGAGACCAAAGAUGGACGGCUGAGAGUGCGCUCUCCCUGGCCAAGGAGCAGAUCAGAAGGUUGGAGCAGAGUGAGUGGGAUUCGGCCCGGACUCCUAUCAUUGGCUCGUGUGGCUCUCAGGAGCAAGCGCUGUUGAUAGAUCCCCCAGGCAGCAGCUGUCGACGGACCCGGAAUGGUGCAGGAUGGAAGCGAGUUCUGCGUUCACUCUGCCAUUCCCGGACCCGAGUGCCACUGCUCGCGGCCAUCUACAUCCUGAUGGUUCAUGUCCUGCUUGUUCUGUGUUUCACGGGCCACCUAUAAACUUGUCGCUUGAGCACAACUCCCGGAACCUGUCAUUCCUUCAUCUCUAAAAUCAGAAUUGUCAGUUCCAGAGCAGCCUUUCUCCCUUUCAGCCCGUCCACCUCUCCUCGGAAAGUGCCUGUGAAAACAGGUGGCGUGGGGACAGGAGCGGGAAGGCCUGUGGCAUCCACAUUCGUUAAACACCUCUGGCUGGUGUGAGCAGCUUUGCAGAUGUGCUGUGCCCAGCGCUUCUUCAGAUGUCGUAGACCCGCAUUUUGUAGGAUCCCGAAGGAUGCUGGGAGAGGCCUUCCGGCCAAGCCAACAAGAUAGUUCCAAUAAACACAGCAACCUGGAAUAUCCAGUAUUAUUUUUCUUGGUAACUGGCUUUGUCCUGUUGCCUAGAGAAGGCAGAGCUGUGGGCAGUGAACACAUUUUCCCACAGGACGCGUGAGCAGGCCAUGGAGACUCAGGUGGGAGCUGGAGGGCUCCCAGGUGUCAGUUGUUGGCUCACACUGGGAAGGCCUUUUCUUCCUGCCCGUUCUAUCACCAUUGAGUUAAGGACAAGACCCUGUCACUUAUGCCCUUGGUUGCACGUAGAUAAGGUAUUAAGCGGUAUUAUUUCGUCGAACAGAAAGGCAGGAAGAACUGGCUAUGGACAGCAAGGCUCAAAUUCUGUAGUCCUAUUUUCUGGAUGUGCCUCAUAGGGGUCCUAAGACAGUGUGCAAGGGCCAGCAGGAGCCAUGCCAAGGUGAGCUGGGGUCAGGUCUGAGUACCACAUCGUGACUUCUCGCCUCAGGAACUACCCGAGCUGCUGCUCUGUUCUUCUGUGUCUUCAGUGCCAUUGUCACCCGCCUCUGGGACCAGAGGACUGAGGCAAUGGAAAGAGAAGGCAAAGGCCCCAAAUCCAGACCUGACAGCAGUGGCCAGGAGUGGAUUGCACUGUGCCUGUCCUCCCUUGCCAGCCGGUGUUUUCUUGCUGUGGACACGUAACGUUUCCUUCCUGUUCUCACCACCUAAACAGGGUCGGCUCACUGGUCAGCUCCGUGUGCUGUGGUGAUUAAAUUUUAGUCACAGCAUCCCAAGAACUUUCCUCAACUACUGUAAAAUAAUAAAAUUAUUUUCAGAAUGA